CAUCAACAUCUCUGGCUCAAAGCACGCCCCAGUCAGUUGAACUUAAACGGCGUUGGGAAUCGGACGCGUCUGAAAGAGCUUGGCUGCCGCUGCACACAUCAACACGCAUACACACUUCCAAACCGACAGAUAACAUUCGCCACAAGAUAAAAGUAACCGUACAAAUCGAGUACAGGCGUCAGGCAUACUUACGUACAUACAUAUGUACACAUAAGUAACAACAACAACAACAACAACAAAAAAGUGCAGCGCAACGUUUUUGAUUAUUUGCAGGCUUGAAGUCACGGGCAACAGUUGUCGUCGUUGUCCCCAGAAAUGAUCUUGCGAAAGACACUCAGCAGCUUGGUGCUGAUGCUCCUCUAUGGCUGUCAUUUGCAUAUGGCCAAGACGGUAAUGAAUGGUGGAGAUCUGGAGGCGGCCUUACCGGAGCCCCGUGCAUAUAUACCUGACUCUCAGAAUCUGGACUUUGUCUAUCACGACCACGAGGAACUAACGCGUUUUCUGAGAGCUACCAGCGCACGGUAUCCUAACCUCACGGCUCUCUAUUCCAUUGGCAAGUCCACCCAAGGACGCGAUCUGUGGGUAAUGGUGGUCAGCUCAUCGCCUUAUGAGCACAUGGUCGGGAAGCCAGAUGUCAAGUAUGUGGGCAACAUCCAUGGCAAUGAGCCAGUAGGUCGCGAAAUGCUGCUGCAUCUCAUACAGUACUUUGUGAGCAGCUACACCACAGAUCAGUAUGUCAAGUGGCUCCUGGACAAUACACGCAUACACAUAUUGCCGACAAUGAAUCCGGACGGCUAUGCUGUGUCCAAAGAGGGCACCUGCGACGGUGGACAGGGCAGAUACAAUGCACGUGGCUUUGACUUGAAUCGCAACUUUCCGGACUAUUUUAAGCAAAAUAAUAAGCGCGGCCAGCCAGAAACGGAUGCGGUCAAAGACUGGAUAUCGAAGAUACAGUUCGUAUUGAGCGGAAGUUUGCAUGGCGGGGCCUUGGUUGCCAGCUAUCCUUAUGAUAACACGCCAAACUCUAGGCUGCUUAAAGGAAUCUGCCGUUCGUCCGCCUUGUGCGCGAUGUUUCAGACCUACUCAGCCGCCCCAUCACUGACGCCGGACGAUGAUGUUUUCAAACAUCUCUCGUUGGUCUAUGCUCGCAAUCAUGCCAAAAUGUCACGAGGCGUGGCCUGUAAGUCGGCAACGCCCGCAUUCGAGAAUGGCAUCACCAAUGGAGCUGCGUGGUAUCCACUGACGGGCGGCAUGCAGGACUACAACUAUGUGUGGUACGGUUGCAUGGAGAUUACGCUUGAAAUUUCCUGUUGCAAAUACCCACCGGCCUAUGAGCUUAAAAAGUACUGGGAGGACAACCAAUUGUCCCUUAUUAAAUUUUUGGCUGAAGCACAUCGGGGAGUGCAAGGUUUUGUGUUUGAUCCAGCGGGCAUGCCCAUAGAGCGUGCCUCGCUGAAGGUGAAGGGUCGCGAUGUGGGCUUCCAGACAACCAAAUAUGGAGAAUUCUGGCGCAUCUUACUCCCUGGAUAUUACAAAGUUGAGGUUUUUGCCGAAGGCUAUGCGCCGCGCGAGGUAGAGUUUGUCAUUGUCGAACAGCAUCCAACGCUGCUCAAUGUGACGCUACAACCAUCGAAGUACUUUGCCGCUACCGUUACCUCCAAAUCCACCUCCUCUCAUACUAUCAGCAGCACAACGCCACGUGGGCCGCGCGGUCAGGUCAACGAUAAUGUACAGUUCCCCACUAAUUAGAGACACAGUGACCAAUGUAAAUACAUGUACAUGUUUAUUUAAAGUACUAAACUGAUGUACCAAUAAUCUAAACUAAAUCUAAACUAAUAGAGCCCAGCAAAAGUUUGAAUGCAAUCAAUUUGAAUGAAGACUUAUCCAAAUAAUAUUCAAAAAAUCAAUUAAAGUUAGCUAAAUCAAUUAUUUAAAAAUACAAGUAGGCUCGGAGUGAAAAUAUGGUAUAUACAUGAUAAAGUUUUAUCGCCAUGCUCAAAGAAUUUGCAAUGUCUGGUACCAAAACCAGACCAGUUGGUGAACCAACUUCACGAAACCCAGACUAGAUCAACUUCUCUCAUGCUUGUCAAUAACACAUUUAUACUUUAUGGGGUCGAAGAUGCCGCCUUCUGCCCGUAACAUAUGUAUAUUUUCACAAACCAUAAU